AUGGAGUACGAUCUGAUCAUCAUCAAUGGGGUGGUAGUGUCUGAGAAUGAAGUUCAAGAGCUGGAUAUUGCUAUCAAAGACGAAAAGAUCGCGAAGGUAGUUCCAAGGGGAGGACUGAAAGAUGCACAAGCAACCAGAACGAUAGACGCUGAAGGCGGCUAUGUGAUGCCAGGAGGUGUGGACGCUCACGUUCAUCUCCAAGAGCCUCCAUUGUUCGGCAACGGUUCAACGGCAGACAAUUACGAGACUGGCAGUCGAUCAGCAGUAUGCGGUGGUACCACUACCAUGGUGACCUUUGCGCCACAGAAGAAGACCGAGGAUACUCUUCUCGAUACUCUAGCGGCUACUCACGAAAGAGCAAAGGACAACUGCUACAUCGACUACUCAUUCCAUAUAAUCGUCGGCAAUCCUUCAGAAAGGGCGCUCUCAGAGUUCAAGACUCUGCGAGAAGAAGGCAUAUCCUCACUCAAGAUCUACAUGACCUACGAAGCCCUUCAACUACACGAUGGUCAGAUCCUAGACAUCCUUCUCGAAGCCAGGAAGCAAGGCAUAACGACCAUGAUCCACGCCGAGAACGGACAAGUAAUCGACUGGAUGACCGCGCAACUCGAGAAGAAGAAGCUGUUCGCGCCGAAAUACCACGGCUCAUCCCAUCCGCCCAUGGCAGAGACAGAAGCCACCUACCGUGCCAUUAGCUUAUCAGAGUUCAUGGACACCCCCAUCCUCAUCGUCCACGUAUCCACGCCCGCAGCAGCCGCACAUAUCAAAGCAGCGCAAGACCGCGGCCUACCCAUCUACGCCGAAACCUGCCCACAAUACCUCUUCCUCACGAAGCUAGAUCUCGACCAGCCAGGGUUCGAAGGCGCGAAAUGCGUAUGCUCGCCCCCACCUCGCGAAAGCGAAGCAGACUGCGACGUGAUCUGGGAGGGUCUCGCCAACGGCACCUUCACAAUCCUCUCUUCAGACCAUUGUCCCUUCCGCUAUGACGACCCUGAGUCGGGUAAGAAAUCCAGCAUCAGCGCAGAAUACCCGCUAGGCCACUUCAAAUACAUUCCCAACGGCUGCCCUGGUAUCGAAACACGGCUUUCACUGACGCUCAGCGCGAACCGCCUCAAGCUCACCAAAUUCGUCGAAGUCACAUCUGCGAAUCCCGCGAAGCUAUACGGUCUCUACCCGAAGAAAGGCGCGCUGAUAGAGGGCGAAUCGGAUGCUGAUAUCAAUAUUUGGUAUCCAGAUGGCAAGAUGGAGGAGUUUGAGUUGACGAAUAAGAAGAUGACAACCUCGGAUUUACCGGUAGAGCAUGUAGAUAUACUUGUGGUAGGUGGAGGACCAGUAGGCCUCGUAACCGCCUACCAACUCGCGCGCAACCUCCCUCGCUCUACGCAUCGCAUCAAGAUCAUAGAACAACAUCCCAAGUCGUCCCAAGACAACUAUGGACGCGCCAUCACCCUCUUUCCCAGAAGUUCUGAGAUGUUAGAUCAGCUCGGCCUAGCUGACGCCCUUGCACAACAGUGCUUUGCAUGCCGUGAGACUGUCAACUACGAUAAGCAUGGCAACGAGGUCGAAGGUAGAGGUUGGGCGUUCAUGGAGAAUAUGAAGGAUACCAAGUGGGACUUUGCGCUGGUGUUGCGCCAGAAAUACCAAGAAGAAGUGUUCAGGAAAGCACUGGCUAAGGAGGGGGUACAGCUUGAUGCGCCGUAUGCCCUGGUGGGCAUCGAGAUUAUAGACGGGGUUGAGAUGGGUGGAUAUCGCAUACUGGCUACGAUUGAACAUGGCGAGACGAAGGUGAAGAGCGCAGUCAAAUGUCGAUAUCUGGUCGGCGCAGACGGCGGGCGGUCUUCCGUACGACGAGAGAUGAAGAUCCCCUUCGAUGGCUCGUCUAGCGAAGACAAGUGGGUACGCGUCGAUGGCGUUAUCGAGACCGACCUCCCCAAACCGCGAACGUACUGCGCCAUCGAGUCGCCGACACACGGCAACGUCCUCUGGGCCGCGCUCGACAGAGGUGCAACACGUAUAGGCUUUGCGUUCACAGCUGAGCGUCAGAAGGCAUACAAGGUGUUUGACGAAGAAGCUGCUGUCAAGGAAGCCAUCGCGUCCGUCAAGCCGUUCAACCUCAAGUUCAAGCAGGUAGACUGGUGGACAAUCUACGUUGUGGGGCAGCGUAUUGCGCGCUCGUUCUUCGUGCAUGACUGCAUCUUCCUCGCUGGCGACGCAUGCCACACACAUAGUUCAGGCGCAGCGCAAGGUAUGAACACAGGUAUGCAUGAUGCAGUAAACCUAGGCUGGAAGCUUUCCCUCGUGCUCCAAGGUCUCGCCAAACCGGAUCUGCUACACUCGUACGAAGCAGAGCGACUGCCCAACGUCCAGAGAUUGAUCAACUACGACAAAGACAUCUCGCGUCUCAUGACAAUGCAAUUACCCGAGGGCUGGACAGGCGACCCGAACGCCGACCCGAACGAAGUGCUAGGCGUAGUCAUGGCCGAAGCAGCGACGUUCAGUAGUGGAUUGGGCAUAUACUACGAGCCAGACUCCUAUCUCAACUUCACGCAGAGCUCGGGUGUAUCGUCAGUACAGCCUGGUCAGCGCGCACCGGAUGUUACGUUACAGAAACCAGCAACUUUUGAAACUACGCGAUUACAGACCGAGACACCGAAUACGGCGACGUUUUAUAUUGCGCUCUUCGCUGGUGAGGUAGCUCAUACGAAACUCGCUUUAUCGUCGUUCACAGCAGCAGUCUCUCGACUUGGUUGGCUUCACGAUCCGGAUAUUCCGAUAUCAUGUCUUUCUAUUAUCGCAGGUCCCGGUGGGCCAUCGGCCUAUGAGACGCUGGGCGGUAUGCCGUUCGGUCGUGUAUUCUACGACCAGGACCGUAGUGCACACAUGCGCUAUGGUGUUGCUACCGAGAACGGAGCCGUGGUGGUGUUGAGACCUGAUGGGUGGGUAGGCACAGUCAUUCAGUUGGAUGGAGAUGCGGCGCUGAAGCUGGAGAGGUACUUUGGACGGUUUUUGCUCGCUGCAGUGGGGGGUAGUAAGGCUGGGGCGAAGCUGUAG